AUGUUGCAUGACAGGUGCACACACGCAAGACUCCAUCUUGAGCAUCUUUAGUCAAGGCAAUUGGACAUCCAUACAUUCUGCCAAAUAACAUUAAAAGCCUGUUUAUGGUAUAUGAAUAGCAUUAACACGGGCAGCGAUGGAAACGUGGCAUGUUGUUUUCAUCAGCCUUGACUGAGUGAAAGGCGAGAACGAGGCGAUACAGACCGCCGUUUGGUCAUGAAGGCUCUCUAACGACUCUUUGCACUGUCAGCUGUCUCCGAUCGGUGUUGUGUUCCGUCAUCGGUUUAUCGGCAAAGAAUGGUGGUUAGUCAUUAGCUUGCAGAUUCUGUUGGAUCAAUGAAAAGCAGCCUCGCUCCCCCAAACCAGGGCUCUUCCUCGCUUGCUUACAAGUGAGCAGCCUUGCUAGUGUGGCCUGCAGCCUACUUUUGCUUCAGCCGAUGAACAGCCAGCCAGAGGUGGCGGCCAAGGAGAAUUACGGAGGCACACUUUAAAGCCGUCUAGACAGGGACCUGGCAGAGUCCCACGGAGGGGGAAUCCUUGGAGUAAAUCGGGGGUUCCGUAUUGGAAUCCCAUCAAUCUGCCCCCAGCUGCAUCAGCCAACAGCCGGACCGCAUCGCCCCCAUAAUCAGCGGCGCUCAGGGCCUCUCGGAGGCGUUUCCACAUCUCACAUCUUACAUUUCAUUUACUCGAUCCUGGAAAUACUGUUCUUUUCAUUCUUAGACACGGAGGUCGAGAAAGGGAAGUGAAGUGUUUGGAAUGACGAUCAGGUCAGUCGAGGCCUUGGGCUGUCUGGCUGCUUACGGAAACAUCCUGAAACAGGAAACGGGUCAAAUGGGUCAAAAAUCUCCAUCCAGCGGGUGAUACAUCUCCAUCCAGCCCCUGAUUACCUGUCUGUGUCUGUCCUCUGAGACGACAUGCCAAUGUCAUCAACGCUGGCCAGCAAGAAGGAGAUGCUUUUAUUUACUUCUAUGUGGUGACUUGUGAAAAAGACUGUGAGGCUGCAGCCGUGCAGGAUGACAUUGUGGAAGCUGGCUCUGCUGCUGCUGGUGCUCUGCCUGUGGAUUGAUGAGGGCUCCACCAAAGAGAAGGGCACCAAGAAAGGCAAGAAGAAGGGGAAGCAGGUCUACUGCCCCUCGCAGCUCUCGUCUGAGGACCUGGCUCGCGUCCCCGCCAACUCCACCAGCAACAUCUUGAACAGGUUACUGAUCACCUACGACCCCCGCAUCAGACCCAACUUCAAAGGAAUACCAGUGGAAGACAGAGUCAACAUCUUCAUCAACAGCUUUGGGUCCAUCCAGGAAACCACCAUGGACUACAGGGUGAACAUCUUCCUGCGUCAACGCUGGAACGACCCUCGCCUGCGACUGCCGCCGGACUUCAAGUCCGAGUCGUUGACGGUCGACCCCAAGAUGUUCAAAUGCCUGUGGAAGCCCGACCUGUUCUUCGCCAACGAGAAGAGUGCCAACUUCCACGACGUCACACAGGAGAACAUCCUGCUCUUCAUCUUCCGCAACGGAGAUGUGCUCAUCAGCAUGAGGUUAUCCGUCACUCUGUCCUGUCCUCUGGACCUGACUCUGUUUCCCAUGGAUACUCAGCGAUGCAAGAUGCAACUGGAAAGCUUUGGCUACACCACAGAUGACCUGCAGUUCAUGUGGCAGUCGGGGGACCCGGUGCAGAUGGAAGAGAUUGCCCUGCCUCAGUUUGACAUCAAACAGGAAGACAUUGAGUACGGCAACUGCACUAAGUUCUAUGCAGGCACAGGUUACUACACCUGCGUGGAGGUGAUCUUUACGCUGCGUCGGCAGGUGGGCUUCUACAUGAUGGGCGUGUACGCGCCCACCCUGCUCAUCGUUGUACUGUCCUGGCUCUCAUUCUGGAUCAACCCCGACGCCAGUGCUGCCCGCGUGCCCCUGGGGAUCCUGUCGGUGCUGUCGCUGUCGUCGGAGUGCACGUCUCUGGCCUCGGAGCUGCCCAAGGUGUCAUAUGUGAAGGCCAUCGACAUCUGGCUGAUCGCCUGCCUGCUGUUUGGUUUCGCCUCGCUGGUGGAGUACGCGGUGGUGCAGGUCAUGCUCAACAGCCCCAAGCGCAUCGAGGCCGAGAAGGCCAAGAUGGCCAGCAAGGAGAAGGCAGCAGGAAAGACCCCCACCAAGAACAACACCGUCAACGGCACCGGAGGAACCCCUAUCCACGUCAGCACCCUACAGGUGACAGAGACCAGGUGUAAGAAGGUCUGCACCUCCAAGUCUGACCUGCGCACCAAUGACUUCAGCAUCGUGGGGUCACUACCCCGCGACUUUGAGCUCUCGAACUUUGACUGCUACGGCAAGCCCAUCGAGACGGCCGGUGGCCAUGGCAAGACGGCCACCAAGAACAACAAGAAGCCGCCGCCGCCGAAACCGGUCAUCCCCUCCGCUGCCAAACGCGUCGACCUCUACGCCCGAGCUCUCUUCCCUUUCACUUUCCUCUUCUUUAACGUCAUCUACUGGUCUGUGUAUCUGUGAGCAGCACACACACACACACACACACCAAACCCUGUGUCUGUUUGGCACUGUGAAAUGUCCAUGAACAUGUACACACGCAUAUUUACAUGCAUUUACACACUCUUAGAUGUGGACAUGAGUAGAUGCAGACAUACACACAGUUAGACCUAGACACAAACUUCACACAUGCUCAGAUAUACACAUGCUCUCUCUUUCUCUCUUGCUCUUUCUCUUCUUAAUCUUUUCUCUCUCUUCCUGUCUUCCAUUCAAAGCCAUUCUGUCCCUUUGGCAUCAAAAUGAGUGCAGUUCUUCUCUUCCACUUGUGCACUUAGAGAGAACCAACUAAAACUCAUCACGUACAAGAGCUAAUGCUGCAACAGUGCUUUGGUUUUGUAAAUACAUGGCAUGAAAUCAUGCUAGCCUCUAAAUAUUAUGGUUUGGGGAGCUUGAAAAUAAAUUAUUUGCAGAUAGGAAAUAAAUUAAAUAUGCUAUAUAUAAAUAUAUGUUUUGCUAUUUUGUUCACAUUAGCACAACAUAUUAAAAAAACAAAUCAAACAUUAUAUUAUUAUCAUGCAUGCUAGGAAAUAUUAAAUUAUAUAUGAGAAGACAUUAUUAAAUGCUAUAUGAGAUGCUAAAGGGGCUUGGGGGGCAUUUGUAUUCUAUUCUAUUUGGUUCGGCUCCUGUACCUGACUUGAAUGGGGUUGAUGUUGUAGUCCUGAGGGAUGGUGUCACUCACUGCCACUUUAGAACUGUGUCUUUUGAUGAUCUCCCACGUCCAGCUCCCCUCCUGCCAGACAUGCGUAUGAUCUGGUCAGCUCCCCUCCUGUCAAACAUGCGUAUGAUCUGGUCAGCUCCCCUCCUGUCAGACAUGCGUAUGCUCCGGUCAGCCGCCCUCCUGCCAGACCCUCCUAUGCUCCGGUGCCUUUUGGCGAGCCAGCCAGCCACCGACCGAGCAAAUCCAGACCUCUCCGCUGUGUUUGUAGAGUUUACAGGGCCAAGAAGACCUAAAGCCUUCUCACUCCUGCCAUCACGUCUCUAUCUCUCUCUGUGGCUUUCUCCUUACGAUAAAUAAAACAACACGCUGAUGAAAUGCCAUCCAAUCCAAGCCAUGUUGUGUAUAUUUCUAUGCAUUUAUACUCACAAUGUGAACUUCUAUAUUUAUCUCAAUAAAAAAGGAUGCCUAUUGCAAA